AUGGCGGCGGCCACCUCCUCCACCACCUACCUCGCCCUCGCCCGCAAAACCCUAAACCCCGCCCCCUCCGGAGCCCCAGGCGCCGCCGCCGGCUCCGUCUCCUUCCCCGCCGCGCAGGCCCCAUGCCACCUCGCCGCCUCCGCGGGCCGCCGCCGCGCCGUGGCCGCGAAGGUCGCGUCGCCGUCGGUCGUCGGCACCGCCAUGCCGUCGCUCGACUUCGAGACCUCCGUCUUCAAGAAGGAGAAGGUGUCCCUGGCGGGCCAUGAGGAGUAUAUUGUCAGGGGUGGGAGGGAUCUGUUCCCGCUGCUGCCGGAGUCGUUCAAGGGGAUCAAACAGAUUGGCGUCAUUGGCUGGGGCUCGCAGGGUCCUGCACAAGCUCAGAACUUGAGAGAUUCACUUGUUGAGGCAAAGUCAGACAUUGUUGUUAAGAUUGGUCUCCGGAAAGGUUCUAAAUCUUUUGAAGAAGCCCGUGCAGCUGGAUUUACUGAAGAGAGUGGGACGCUGGGUGACAUAUGGGAGACUAUAUCAGGCAGUGAUCUUGUAUUGCUUCUGAUAUCUGAUUCUGCUCAGGCGGAUAACUAUGAGAAAAUUUUCUCACACAUGAAACCCAACAGUAUUCUUGGUUUGUCACACGGAUUUCUCCUUGGACAUUUGCAAUCCCUGGGCCUGGAUUUCCCUAACAACAUCAGUGUGAUCGCUGUCUGUCCCAAGGGAAUGGGCCCAUCAGUUAGAAGGCUUUAUGUUCAGGGAAAAGAGAUAAAUGGUGCUGGUAUCAAUGCUAGCUUUGCUGUUCACCAGGAUGUUGAUGGAAGGGCUACAGAUGUAGCUCUGGGGUGGUCAGUUGCUCUAGGUUCCCCUUUCACAUUUGCUACUACUCUAGAGCAGGAGUACCGGAGUGAUAUUUUUGGAGAGCGAGGUAUUUUGCUCGGUGCUGUUCAUGGCAUGGUGGAGGCUCUUUUCAGGAGAUACACAGAGCAAGGAAUGGACGAGGAUUCAGCAUAUAAGAACACUGUAGAGAGUAUCACUGGAAUCAUCUCUAAAACUAUUUCAAAGAAGGGUAUGCUUGAAGUGUACAACUCCUUGACUGAAGAAGGAAAGAAGCAGUUCAUUGAGGCUUAUAGCGCGGCAUACUACCCAUGCAUGGACAUCUUGUAUGAGUGCUAUGAAGAUGUUUCUUCUGGAAGUGAGAUUAGAAGCGUGGUGUUGGCUGGGAGGAGAUUUUAUGAAAAGGAAGGGCUUCCUGCUUUCCCCAUGGGCAAUAUUGAUCAAACACGUAUGUGGAAGGUGGGUGAAAGGGUGCGUUCAACCAGGCCACAAGGUGACCUUGGCCCAUUGCAUCCCUUCACUGCUGGAGUGUAUGUUGCAUUAAUGAUGGCUCAGAUUGAGGUCCUUAGGAAGAAGGGGCACUCUUACUCCGAGAUCAUCAAUGAGAGCCUGAUUGAAUCUGUGGACUCGCUGAACCCAUUCAUGCAUGCUCGUGGGGUGGCCUUCAUGGUUGAUAACUGCUCCACGACUGCUCGCUUGGGAUCAAGGAAGUGGGCACCGCGUUUCGACUACAUCCUGACUCAACAAGCUUUUGUUAGUAUUGAUAAGAAGGCACCAAUCAACCAAGACCUCAUUAGCAACUUCAUGUCUGAUCCCGUCCAUGGUGCCAUUGAAGUCUGUGCUCAGCUGAGGCCCACCGUCGACAUCUCAGUGCCUGCUGAUGCAGAUUUUGUGCGCCCAGAGCUCCGGCAGUCUUCCUAAAGUUUGUAUCAAUCUGCAGUCCGUCUCAGUGGUUAGGUUAUAUAAGGAGUACUGUGAGUGUGGGCGUUUGAACUCUUAUUAGGCCAUGUAUUGCUGCUGUUUGCGAACCGGAAAAGUACUCUCUCGGAGUGUAGGACAACUGUUAUGCGAUGGCACUGAACUUAUAUUUGGCAUGAAUAAAAAUAAGUGGUUUGAUCUGAA